AUGGCCGAAUUCAGGUACACCACCAGCCGCCUUACUCAGGAAAUAGCACAGCAGAAGCCACGCUUUGGCUGUAUGACUGGCUGGAGCAGACAUAAAGACUCAAGGUUGCGCCCCUCAUCGCAGAAAUCCAACCUACACUCUGAGAAACGCAAUCUUCUCGAAGCUCUAGAAGCUAGCAGAACAUUCUUUUACGUUCUCUACCACACUCUUUUCAACUUCACUGCCAAGACGCUGCCUAUCACUAUGCAAAUCAUUGCAACGACUAGCCUAUUUUCAGCUUGCCUGUUUACUUCAGCAAUGGCUAUGGCUUUGCCUGCUGCGCACAAGCACGCUGCCUCUGCACAUGGCAUCACUUUGGUCGACUCCUCUUUUGCACAGGCACAGGACGAGAUUGUGGCCUUUGGCACUCGCCCGGUCGACCGUACACUCAGUGCCGUCCAAUUUCACAACCCAAGCGCUCAAGACAACAUCAUCAGCGAACUCGACUUUCACGAGCUAGUCUUUGGACUCAAGUAG